AUGCAGCUUCUGGCUAAAAAAGGAGUUUUUCCGUCGGUCGUCGCACCGUCCCCGCGGUAUCCCCAAGAUAUAAUAGCAUUCUACGAUCACGUCACGCAAUCGUCUCUAAAAUCAGCUAUAGACUCAAAAACCACAGGCGGCUCCAAGAUUAUUAUUUUUGUUCGUGUCGCCACCAUCAAAUUGCCAGUUUUAAUAGAAAAAUUGCAAGAUCCUAGCCUGGAUUUCAGAUUUAAUAUUAAAGUGAUUUUCAUGGAACAUGCGAAACAUUUCGUAGAUUUUGCUAGCGUGCUGCAGAGUGCAGAGUUAUUUGAUAAUGAGAUGGAAUGGAAAGCCUGGAAUAAGCGCGGCGAUCCAGUAGUGAAUGUUGAGUUAGGAAAAUGGGCCGAUUUGUUAGUAAUUGCACCGCUCAGUGCGAAUUCUUUGGCAAAAAUGUUGGUAAACUUUGUCAUUCAAUUCCUUUCAUGUAAUAGCUUUUUUUUAAUAUCUUCUUUAAUGCCACUUCAGGGUUUAUACGAUAAUCUUCCGCUUUUAUUUUGUCCUGCUAUGAAUACACGCAUGUAUGAUCAUCCAAUUACUUCGGACCAAAUUAAUAACUUGAAGUCUUGGGGGUACUACGAAAUACCAAGUAUAGUAAAGACUCUAAUAUAUGGUGACACUGGCAAUGGGGCUAUGGCCGAUGUUGACACUAUUAUAAUAGAAAUACUAAACAAA